ACCCGUUAAACAGGUCCGUCGUUCGCCGACGGUCGCAAUACAAUCCACCACAGAUGCGGCGAUGCUAUGAAAUGUCAAGCCACGAAGGACUGCUUAUCAGUUAUCAGCUUAUGGGUUUUCAAAUUUCGAUGAAUCUGUGUUGUAUCCAGAUUUCAGUUUGCCAGAGUUCUACAAUCCGAAGAUUGUCAUUUUCCUUGUUUCAUAUUUUUAGAAUUUUUAAAUGGUUGGAGAACUUCCAAGUUUUGCCACACCCGUAAAGGCCAUAAUAGUUGUAGAACUGUUUAGUCUAGAUACUCUGGAGUUCCUGUGUAUCUUGCUUGGUGCAAAGCUUUCUACUUCUUAGAAGCCUGGAGUAUUGAUCAACAGUUUCCGAGCUAUAGUAGUAUAGUUUUACAACUGUAAAACUAAGAAUUUAAAAUGGAAUGCACGGAGACGAAGAUACUGGAAGCCGCGACGACAUUGUUAAGAGGACAAGAUGCAUCUGGCGACAAUUCAAAGCCGAAAAUAGCUGGACAGAAAGUACCGCUCCUUCCAGAGAAAGACAAUAUUUUUCUGACGAUUGUGCAGAAGAGAUUUGCUGAACAGAAAUACCGCCGCAUAAAAUGCGAUCUGCCGAAGCCUUUUCGGAUUCUUGGUUCGUGUGAUGUUUGUCUGAUCAUCAAAGAUAUCAGCCAUGAAAAGAAUUUCGACCAGGAGCGCGGGGUGGAGAAAUAUAAAGAGUUAUUACGACGGGCAGGAGUUGAUGGAAUAACCGAAGUCCUUACCUUCACUCAGCUUCGCGGUGAAUACAAAGCUUAUGAGGCGAAAAGGAAACUUUUGCACCGAUAUGAUUUGUUUCUUGCUGAUGAGCGGAUCUAUGGAAACCUGGCGAAAGUUCUGGGGAAAAAGUUUUUCCAAAAAAACGCCUUUCCGCUGCCGGUGGACGUAGUGAACUCCGAGAGUUUAUCCGGCGCUCUCAAAUCCGCAAUCCAGGCUACCUAUGUGACUAUUCUAGGCAAAGGACCACAAAGCUCAGUCGAAGUAGGUUCGGCAGAACAGUCAGGAGAGGAUAUUCGCGAUAAUAUUGUCAGUGUAUUAGCGCAAGUCCGUAGCAGAUUUCCUGGAGGAUGGGAAAAUAUCCGGAGUAUUUACGUUAAGCUCGGAAAAGUCUCUUUGCCAGUUUACAUUGAUUCAGCUUCCCCGAAUUCAGUUUCCGUACCGAAACCUGAGGCCACUGAUGGAUUUACUGCCGGGCCCGAAGAAAUAACCACAGUUAAAGAGGGAAAAGUAAAAUUAACGAAGUACGGAAAAGUGAAAAUCAUCAAAAAGAAGAAAAGGGUAAAGAAAGGGAAAACUUUGAAGAAGAAAGUUUAGUUGUUUCAGUUUCUGAUAUAUUGUUUUCGCAAGUAACGCAGUAAAGUCUGUUUCUCUACCGUUUAGCUGUCGGAUUUGAAUUCUGCUGGUAAAACAUCUGUUCUGUUACGUACCGUAAUAAGAGCGAAAUUAUUAUUA